ACGAACUCUCUGUCAUGUGGAGAGAUUCCUGAUCCUGAAUUGACCAAAUUACUUCCCUGUGCACCAUGUGGCUUACACGGCUAGCCUUGCGCUUUUCUACAGCUACAAAACUUGCAGGAUGCCUUGUACCACGGAGUUGCUCAGUGUUUGUGAACCGCAAAAUUCUUUGUGCAAGUUACAGCUCUCAGCUGACUCAGAGGCAGCAGGUUCCCCCACACAACUGGUUAAGCUUGGAGACUGAGCUUGAUGACAUUCUAGUACCACGUAUGAUGUCCUUGAGCCCUUUGGAAAGUUUACUUAGUAGUCGCUACUCUUUGCCUAAGCCCGAGGCUCUGAAUACUCAUAUAGAGCCACCGGAGCAAGAGAAUUCCUAUAAAUGCCCCACUCAUCAGGAUGAUAAAGAUAUGGAUGAAAACACAGAAGAGAAGAAUAUAGUGCAGUGUAAGAAUGUCCUCAAGAUUCGGCGGAGAAAGAUGAACAAACACAAAUACAAGAAGCUGCAAAAACGUAUGAAAUUUUUGAAGCGUAAGAUAAAGGAUGGACGGAGGCGCAGGCAGCAGUUACGAUUUGAAAGAGACUUAAAACGCAUCUGGAAGAAGGCUGGGUUAGAGAAAGCACCGGAUGGUUGGCAGGUUCCAAAGAUUUAUGUGAAACAUUGAUAUUAGAGUCAUUGAAGAACUUGUUGCUUUUAUUUUUGGCACCUAGAAUAAAAUUGAGAGCUUUACGUGCACCACUUCACCUAAUGUACAAACUCAUGCCAACAGCAAGUUUCCCAGUCUCACUAAUAACUGGAAAGAGCAGGCAGCUAUUCAAAAUUACCUCUGCCUAAUCAUCUUUAUACCCUAUGGACCAUUAUUAUCUUGGAAUCUUCAGGUUUACCUUAAUUUCAUAUCCAAGAAUAUAUUCUUGACAGUGAGUAUUCCAUCACACAGCAGAAAUGGCCAGUGGAUUCUUACUGUGUGCGUUUCAGCUAUUGUAUGUUAAUGUGUCAGUAACUUACUUCCCAGCAUAAACUCCUAGUUGCCAUGAAUUCAAAACUAUUUAAAUAAAUGGUUUAUAAGA